AUGCCAGCUCAACGGAAACACGCAACAUCUGCCUACGAUAUGACACCACACAUGGACUGGACAAGUGCCGUGUUUAACGACUGCAUUUACAUGAUUGGUGGUGUGAACGUCAACGAUCGACCUACCAGCCUCGUUAACAUUAUGAAGCCCUUCACCAGGUCCAUCGUUAAAGCACCUUCAAUGAAACAAGCACGAUUAAAGGCUGCUGCAGCAACAAAAGACACACAAAUUCUCGUCUUCGGAGGAUUUUGCCACCAGACAGCAUUGUCGUCUUGUGAACGGUUUGACAUAUUGGCAAACAGGCAGGUUUCAUCAUGCAAAUCUGACGAUUUUUAUCAGAUGCUUUUUUAUGAUAGCGAAAAAUACUUUGCGUCAUUUUACUAA